AUGGAUGGAAACCGUCGUUUUGCCUCUAAAAAAAACCUUCCAAAAACAUAAGGACAUUAUUCUGGUUUAAAUUCACUUAAAUAAUGUUUAGAGUGGUGUUUAAAUUUAGGAGUAAAUUAAGUAUCUGUAUUUGCAUUUGCUAUAGAGAAUUUUAAAAGAUCAUAAGAAGAAAUUGAAGUCUUAAUGAAUUUAGCGAAAAAAAAUUUACUUGAAAUGGCAUAAAAAGAUGAAUUUUUAUAAUAAAAUAACAUAAAAGUGAAUAUUUGUGGGAAUAUAAAGCUUUGUAAAGAAGAUGUACAAGAAGCAAUGAAAAAAAUAGAAGAAUUAACAAAAUAAAAUACGAAAUUAUAACUUGAUAUUUGUUUUGCUUAUAACUCUACAUUCGAAAUUGAUAAUUCGAUUUAAAAUAUAAUAAAACAAGAAGACAUUAGUAUUGAAAAUUUCAAAAAAAACUUACUUAUAUAAAAUAAUCCUGAUAUUAUUGUAAGAACUUCAAAUGAAAUUAGGCUUAGUAAUUUUAUGAUUUUCUAAAGUAAUAAUUCAUAAUUAAUGUUUAUGAAAGAAAAUUGGCCUGAAAUUAGUAUUUUUACUUUGGCAAAAAUAAUUUUAAAAUAUUAAAAUUGUGAAAAAAGAUAAGAACAAAUUUAAUAAAUGUUAAAUUUUUAAUGA